AUGCUUCACGUCUUAUCAGUCGGUCCGUCCCAUGCAGCGUUUACUGUCGAAGCAGCAAUGGCAACCAUGAAGAAAUUCCACUCGAUUGUCGGUGAAAAGCCUGCCCAGGAUGCUGAGGCCCCCUCAGUCGAUGACCCAAAUGUUGGGCAGAUCAGAGCCGACGACAAGGAGGCUGCUCAUGCGCCCGCCAAUGCGGAAACCAAUAAUGAGGAGGCCAACCCGAGCGACGGAGCUCAGGCUGGUGUCAAGAAGAUAGAGGCUGUGACCCUGAGUUGGACAAGGGGCACAGCCAUUUGGUUCCUAACGCUGGUCAACGAUUUCCGACUGUCCAUGUAUACAAGCUUGAACGCUUAUGCCACAAGUUCUUUCCUCGGCCACUCGCUGUUGACCGUCAUCAACAUUGUGUCCUACGUCAUGGGCGGUUCCGUGUACAUACCGAUGGCCAAGGCGCUGGAUCUUUGGGGCCGUGCAGAGGGUUUCCUUCUGAUGACGUUCUUCUGUAUUCUGGGUUUGAUUCUUCUGGCUUCAUCCCAGAAUCUCCCCACCUAUUGCGCCGGACAGGUCUUCUACAAGGUCGGGUUCGGUGGGCUUUCAUACACCUGGAAUGUCCUGGCAGCCGAUGUGACGAACCUACGAAACCGAGGGCUGGCGUUUGCUUUCACCUCGUCCCCUGCUUUGAUCUCCGCGUUCGCCGGUUCCAAGGCGGCGUCGGAUCUCCUGGCCCACUCGACCUGGCGAUGGGGCUUUGGCAUGUGGGCCAUUAUCUUGCCGGUUGUUGCGCUGCCAAUUUAUGGCCUUUUGGCGUACCACCUACGCCAAGCCGAGAAAAAGGGGGUUCUCGUCAAGGAGACGAGAGAUUGGAGUAUCACCCCGAAGACAGUUUGGUGGGCCAUUAUGGAAUUUGAUCUGCCCGGAGUUCUUCUCUUCGCUGGCGGGUUCGUCAUAUUCCUUCUCCCCUUUACUCUGGCGGCGACGGCGCCCCAUGGGUAUCAGACCGACUAUAUCAUUGCGAUGAUCACUCUCGGCCUGGCCCUAAUCAUCGCUUUUGGCUUCUACGAAAUGCUCGUGGCGCCCGUGCCGUUCUUGAACUAUAAAUUCCUCAUUGACCGGACCGUGCUGGGUGCAUGUCUGCUGGAUAUGACAUAUCAGGUUUCCUACUACUGCUAUGCCAGCUAUCUUCCGUCGUUCUUGCAGGUCGUGUACGAGCUGGACGUCGCCACGGCGGGAUAUGUCACCAACACGUUCAGUGUGGUCUCCUUUGUCUUCCUGUUCUUCGCCGGUUGGCUCAUCCGCUGGACCGGUCGUUUCAAGUGGAUCCUUUGGGUGUGCGUUCCGCUCUACAUCUUCGGCCUGGGUCUGAUGAUUCACUUCCGUCAACCGGGCGGAUACAUCGGGUACAUCGUUAUGUGCGAGAUUUUCUUCUCCGUCGCUGGAAGCGUCUUCAUUCUCUGCGUGCAACUGGCGGUGCUUGCGUCCGUUGAUCACCAACACGUUGCCGCCGUGCUCGCGUUGCUGUUCGUCAUGGGCAGCAUUGGCGGCUCUAUCGGCAGCGCAAUCUGUGGAGCAAUCUGGACCAGCACUUUUCUGUCGAGACUGGAGAGGAACUUGCCCGCGUCUGCCAUGCCUGACUUGAGCUUGAUCUAUUCGUCCCUCCCCACCCAGCUCAGCUACCCCGUCGGAAGUGCUACCCGGACCGCCAUCGUGGAGGCAUACGGGUAUGCCCAAGCAAGGAUGCUCAUUGCCGGUACUGCAUUCAUGGUUCUGGGCUUCAUCUGGGUUGGCAUGAUGAGGAACCUGAACGUGAAAAACAUGACUCAGACCAAGGGUAAUGUUGUGUAG